AUGGUUAGAGAAUUAAAGAAAAUUGAUGAGGAAGUGGAUUCCAUCAUUAAUGAUUUUUUAUCCACACUAACCAAUCUCCUCGAUGAUCUUGUUGAGCCUUCUGCUGUUGAACUCGAAAUGGGUGUUGAUGUAGAUUUUACGCAACUUCCGAGAAGAGCUCCUCCCUUCGCCCGUCGCCCUUCGCCGUCCGAGGUCCUCCCUUCGCCCUUCGCCCUUCGCCCUUCGCCCGUCGCCCUUCGUCCGUCGCCCUUCGCCUUCGCCUUCGUCACUGAUGGAAACCACUUCUUCUUCAUCUUGGUAAUCUUCAUACCCUUCUUCUCUUUCUUGUUCUUCUUCGAAUCAGUGAGGAUCUCUCUGUUCACCUUCAAGCUCCAGCAAACAUGGGCGACGACAAGCUCCUCCCUCUUCUUCUCCUCCAAGCCCUCGAAUUCCAUAGACGCGUUGCUUGCGAUGCUGUGGACGUACGUGGUUUUUUUCUGGAAUGAGAAAGCCACAAAGCAUGGCACUCUCGGGGCACUUGUCCAAGAUUCUGUUAAGAGCCACUACGAGACCCUGUUUUACUGUUUUCCCUUCCCUUCCCCUGCUCCAGUUCUCUGCUUUCCAGGUUCCCCUUUUAUCUCAUUUGAUUUUAUUUCUGUUUGA